UUUGUUAGAAGCAGACGACGCUACUUUGUUUUUGUUGUAACACGUGUGUCAAACAAAAUACAAACACAAAAAAGUAAAACGUCAAACAGAAAACAUCAAUAAAUAUUUCUGUUUCGUAAUUGUAUUUUUUUGAUCUAAAAAUAAAUUAUACAAUACGGAUGGAAAUUCCGUAGAAUAACUGAAACAAUUAUUAUAAGUAUAUUUGUGAUAAUUUUAUUGUAGUAGUAGUUACUGUACGUGACAUAAGUAUUAUUUAUACACACUUGCAAAGUUUUACUCGGGGAAAAACCUGUUGCGCUUAUCAAGGUUAAAACUCUGACUCAUUAAGAAGAAGUGAUGAAUUUAUAUUAGUAUUUGAUUUGGAUCAUCCCAAAUGAAUAUAAUUGGAAAUUUUAGUCCAAGUGAAAUGGAUUCAUUAAGUGUUAACGGCUUGGAUAUGUCUCCAAUGUCGAUUGAUUCAUCUCCAAUUCAUGCUGCAAAUUAUAUUAUGUUCGAGGGUGCUGCUGUUCUUGAACCUCCAUAUAUAAGGAUUAUGGUACAGCCUGUCGAUAAAUUUAGAUUUCGUUAUAAAUCUGAAAUGAUGGGAACACAUGGUAGCCUUUCUGGAGAAAGAGAUGAAACCAGUCAGAAAAAAGAAGUUCCAACAGUUCAACUCCUUAAUUAUCCUGGAAAUGCCGUAAUAAGAUGUUCUCUAGUCACUUCUGAAGAGGACAAUAGAAUGCCUCAUGCUCACCAUUUGGUAAAAAGAGAAGGAAAUCAAGAGUUGGAUACUUUUCAUGAAAUAGAAGUAUCUGAGGAAAAUGAACAUAUUGCAGUAUUCAACGGUAUGGGUAUUAUUCAUACGGCUAAGAAAAACAUUAAAGACGAGUUGGUCCGCAAGAAAAAAAUAGAAGCUCUUGAAAAAUGGAAACAAAAAAACGUAAAUUUACGUAUAAAGGAACUGAGUGUAACAGAACUAACAAAGAUUAAUCAAGAUGCUGAUGAAGCUGUAAAAACUAUGAAUCUUAACAGUGUUAGUUUAUGUUUUCAAGCGUUUUACCGCGACAAUAAUGAUGUCUUACAGAUAUUAAGUGAUCCCGUAUAUUCCCAUCCUAUAAAUAACCUAAAAAGUGCAUUAACGGGAGAGUUAAAAAUUUCUCGUAUUGACAAACACACAGGUAACUGUGAAGGAUCUGAUGAAAUUUUCAUUUUGGUUGAAAAAGUUGGUAAAAAAAAUAUAAAAAUUAAAUUUUACGAGUUAGAUGAAUCAGACAAUGAAAUCUGGUGCGAUUAUGGAAAAUUUUCAGAAUUGGAUGUGCAUCAUCAAUACGCUAUCGUAUUUAGAACUCCCGCAUAUAAAGAUACAUAUAUUGAAUCUUCUAAAACUGUGUUCAUUAAGCUAGAAAGGCCAUCAGAUGGAGAGUGUUCCAAUAGCGUAGCAUUUACAUAUAAAGCCAGUGAGAAAAUUCAAAAUAAAAAACGUCCUAGAGUCUCUUACUCCACAAGUACUGAGUUUCAAAUUUCUCAACCAGUGAACAACGUGAAUUCAAAUAGUCAAAUAAGUACAGAAUUGAUUUUUAAUCUUAUCCAACAAAAUGCAUCAUUACCCUCUGAAGAUUUGAGAUCAGCUAUUAAUGACAUCAAUAUAGAUUUUAUCGAUAAUUACACCAACCUUGUGGACGAUUAUGAUGGUUAUAAUGUAACAGAUGGCUCCACACCCAAUCGUAAUGAUGAAACUUUUGCGAAAGAUAUGUUAGCUGAAAUCAUUGAUGUAAUGAAAAACAAGAAUUUAUCAGAUGUAAAAAGUAAAGUCAUGUCUCUUCUAAAAGAAGUCACAACUUAUGGUGAUACUCCACUUCAUGCAGCUUUGCGGUAUAAUCAAACUGAUAUAACGAAAACUUUAAUAAUGAUUUUUUGUCUCCACCAAGAUUUUAAAUCACUCGUUAAUGCUGAAAAUAGUGUCGGAAAGACUCCCUUACAUUACGCAGUGAUUCAAAGUCAACCAGAAGUUGUGAAAGCAUUGCUGAUGUUAGGUGCUGAUCCUAAUAUUUCGGAUGAAGAACACAACAUUCCUCUUCAUGUAGCAGUUUGCAUGCCAGAUGGAGCUUUAUGUGUCGACGUAUUAUUAGCAGCCAAAUCAAACGUAGAAAGUGCAAACGAGGCAGGCUGGAUUCCUUUACAUCUUGCAUCAAAGGCUGGCUCUUUAUGUGCAAUCAAAUCACUUAUUAGAGCAGGAGUGGAUGUAAACAAGACGGAUCUUUCUUAUGGACGAACAGCUUUGCAUAUUGCUGUAGAAGGCGGUCAUAAAGAUAUUGUUGAAUUUUUAUUAAAUGAGACUAAAAUUGUAGUAAACAAAAAAAAUUUCGGAGGAAAUACAGCGUUACACAGUGCUGUAGUUAUGGCUGGCUCGCGAGCCAAAGAAAUUUGUUCUCUGUUAAUUCAACAUGGUGCGGAUCCAUCGGUUUCUAAUAGAGUAACAAAUGCUAAAGACACUGAGGAUGCAGAAAUAAAAACAGAAAUAGAGUCCGACGAAGAAGAAUGUAGAACAGGACAAACUUCUUUCGAUCUUGCUAAAAAUAAUUUAGACAUUCUCGAAUUAUUGCAAGAAACUUCGCGUUUAAAAGAAACACCAGAAAAUGUAGAAAUAAAAGACGAAAAAGAAAUGGAAGAACCAUCAACGUCCAAUGAUGUCCAUGAUGAAGACAUAGCUCACAUUGCUAGUAUAUUAGAUAGAACACAAGGUUGGAAAAAAUUAGCUGAGAAAAUGGGUCUUGGAAUUUUGGUUCCUGUAUUAAAGAAGAGUGAGAGUAGUCCAUCUCUUACAAUAUUCAGCUACACCAAUCUGAGUGUAGGACAAAAACUUUUGGACACAUUGAAAGAUUUAAAGGAAGAAGAAGCAGUUACUGAACUUGAAAAAAUGUUUAAUAAGAAGGUUAAAAUAACAUAAAAUGUUUUCUGCAAGACAUUUUUAAAUUACUUUAUUUUUAUGAUGCAUUUUUACGUUUUACUAUUGUAUAUGAGGCAAAAUUCCUGAAAUGUCCGAACAAAAAAUUUAAAGUUAUCGAAUUUAGUCCAUACUUUCCUAAAAUGUUGUCAUUGUUGGUAAAACUCUAAAUAAAUUUAAAAAUUUUAAUUUUUCAAAAUUAAUUUUUUUUUCUUAAACUUAAAUAUUUUCUGAGCAAUAACUGUUUAAGAAAUUUUUGUCUAGGACUAAAAGUGAAGAAGUUAUGAGUUAAUGAAAAAAAAGUUGCACUAAUUUUUUAAUGCAAAUAUCUCGAAAAAAAAAUUCAUAACCAUCCAUAACCUCUACCCAAAAACGUAGUGUGGAAGAAAUAGGAGGAUAGAUCCCCCAAUCUCACAUCGAAUUGCUCAUUAUACCACUUGGUGCGGUUAGAGUGCGCGCUUGCGAUCAAUUGUUUCUAUCUCAAAAACUAUGAAAGAUCCCACUCUGAAAAUUACAUAUUUUGUAGGAAAUUAGUCAAGCCUUUCAUUGAGAUAGUUAAAAAAAAUAAUAAAAAAAUCCGAGUUUGAGAUAUACGUAAAUUAACAUAUUCGUCAUGAAUUCCAAGGUCAAAUUUUAUUAAAAAAAAAAAUUUUAACACCAUCGUGUAGCCCGUCAAAAAAGCUUUAAUAAUCAUUAUAUAUAUGUUAACUUUUAUGCAUUAUACUCAUAACUAUAGUAUAUUGAAAAAAAAUUUUUUUUUUUAAGUCAAAAAUUAAAAACGUUAAAAAUUUAAAAACUAAUUAAUUAAAUUAAUUUAAAAACUGUUUUAUCAAAUUCAAUAAUAAUUGAUUUUUAGACUUUCACUAACAAUUACAACAUUUUAGGAAAGUAUGUAUUAAAUUCGAUAACUUUUAAUUUUUUGUACGGACAUUUCAGGAAUUUUGCCUCAUAUAAGAAAAAUUAUAUUAUAGAUCUAGAUUUAUUUUUUUUUUUUACUUAUUUUCUAUCAUAUUAAAUUAUUCUCAAGAUUGAAUGUAAUUUUUAAGCUUUCUCUAUACUCCAUGAAAUGGGGUGUUGAGAUAUUCAAAAAUAGAUUUAUUUAAAGAACCUAAAUUUUUUGGAAAAGUUAAAUUGAGAUACCGUGGUUGUCCCAGUUACCGUCUAGCUAAGACUCAGUUUCCGUCCACUUUAAUUUUGAAGAUAAUAUACAAAAAUUAUUUUCUUUUUAUUUUUGGUUACUUCAACUAAUAAGUCCGUUGCAUGCCAAAAAGAAUAAAAUAUUGUUGAAAAAUAAUUUAAAUUAUUAUACGAGAUAUUUGAAAAAUGGACGGUAAGUGGGACAAUCACGGUAUGCUAAGAGAAUUUCCAAAAAAAAGAUUAUUAAUAAAAAAUAGUUUUUCUACUCGAAAUACUCUUCAUUAAUUUAAUAUUUUUCAAAUCGGAUUUCAGAUUUCUAAUGUUAUUUAUGUUAAUUCAAUUUAAAUAUUAUGUUUUUGUAUUACAAUACCAUUUAUGCGUUUAAUACAAUAUUGUUUAAUAAUGCAUUAUUAUACUGGCUGAGAGAAACUUAAUAUAAUUCGUAUAAUGGUUUUAAAAAGACGAAAAAUUUAUUUAGAAAAUAAUUCUAUUUUUCAAAUAAUACAUACAAAUUUGUUAAUAGUUAGGUGAUGUGUAUUCUGUAAUCAGGGUGUCCAGCGGUCAGGGAAGUCAUGGAAAAGUCAGGGAACUUUUUAAAAAUUUGACAAAAAUGAACAUUUCUAUGAAUUUUUUAAUUUUUCGGUACAAGACAAAGUUUAUAAUACUAAUAAAUAAAAUGUUUUUUAUUAUCUUAAAAAUAUUUUAAAAUUAAAACUUUUCACUCUUUUAAUAAUAAAUAUUUCUUACAGAAAAGUGGAAAGAAGGUUAGGAAAAAGUCAGAAUUAUUUUCCACUUCUUGCUGGACACUCUAGUACUGUAAUUAAAAUUAAUGUAAAGUAAAUGUAGAUGAAGUAAAUAAAAAUUUAUUUGUACAAUUUUAAAAAA